AAUUUAUUAGUUGGCACCGCGGUUUAAAUAUUUAAAGGAAACAUUUGUGUAGUCGUCACAGAGUGAAUAGAGCAGCGGAGAUUACGUUCGUGUGAUUAUUUUAGAGUGUUAGCUUUGUAGCUAACUGUAUUCAGUGUCUCAGUGUUUGGUUGUAGUAAAGAGUGAUCUGUCACUCGUGUUGUUUUAUUUCUUUUGUGUAUCACUGCUGUGUGUUAGACCUAGGCUUGACAGACUGAAAUCGACUGAGAUGGUGGACCGCAGCUUCACGAAGAGACUGUCACGAGGUAAAACUUCGGUGAAGAAGAGAUCAUUCCCUGGAAACCCACAAAGUAGUUACUGAAAGAAUUAUUAAACCAUUUGUAAAAACAAAAAAAACAAAAAAAUGUCAGAUAAAAGUCAGAGUAAAACUGUCAGUGAGAAAGCACAGCUGGACUGUAAGACUGUUCUUGUUACUGGGGGAGCUGGCUUCAUUGGGUCACAUCUGAUCUUACUUCUGGCUGCAAGAUAUCCUCUGUGGCGAAUCAUUAACGUCGAUUCUUUGAACUAUUGCUCAAGUUUAAAGAAUCUAAUUUUUCUGGAGAAUACAAGUACUUACAAAUUCAUUCAGGGGGAUGUAUGUGACCAAUACUUCAUUAACCAUCUGUUUUCUACUGAAAAUAUAGACAUUGUUUUCCAUUGUGCUGCUCAUUCACACGUUGAGAAUUCCUUCCUGUAUCCAUCGCAGUUCAUGCAUGUAAAUGCAGCUGGCACAACUGUACUACUCCAAGCAGCAUUUAAAUCUGGAGUUGAAAAGUUCAUCUAUAUGAGCACCGAUGAGGUCUAUGGAGACAGUUUGGACAAGUAUUUUGAUGAGUCGAGCCCAAAACAGCCAACCAAUCCAUAUUCAACAUCAAAAGCUGCUGCUGAAAACAUUGUGAUGUCAUACUGGAAAAAUCACAAGUUCCCUGUAAUUAUUGCACGGAGUAGUAACGUAUAUGGACCACGGCAAUAUCAUGAAAAGGUUAUUCCAAGAUUUUUACUUCUUUUACAAGAGGACCAAAAAUGCACUAUUCAGGGGACAGGUCUCCAGUCCCGUCACUUUCUUUAUGUAGAUGAUGUGACUGAGGCACUCUUGAUACUCAUGAAGAGAGGCAUCAUGGGAGAGAUUUACAACAUUGCAGCCAACUUUGAAAUUGCAAUCAUACAGCUGGCUAGAGAACUGGUGAAGAUGGUGAAAAAUGCUUCUAAUGAAGAGUUGGAUGAUUGGCUUACGUUUGUUGAUGAUAGACCUGUUUGUGACCUGAGGUACCCCAUGAUCUCAGAAAAGAUGCACAAACUUGGAUGGAAGUCAAAAGUCCCAUGGGAACAAGGCAUCAGAAGGACAAUUAAAUGGUAUGAAGAGAACAAAUGCUACUGGCCAGUGCUCACUGACAAAGAGUCUUAAGGAUAUUAGUAAAUGGAACCAAUCAUUUCUAAAUGCAAAGAACCUUCCCCAAUGAGUGGCUGUCGAUGUGUUAACUAAAAACAAACAGGACUGAAUUACAUUCUUUUAUAUUAUAUUUUAGGUACAAUGUGACUUUUGCAAAUGUUUAUUUUUUAUUAAAAAUCACAUGUAAAAUA